AUGUUUAUUUUGUUCACAUUGAAAAAUAAUUUUGAUAUAAACAAAAUUAUUUCCAGGAUAUCGAGUCCCCCUCCACCAAUUCACGGUGUCCAAUUAGCGAUUGUUGCUAUCCCUUAUUCACUAAUUUUUAUCGUUGGUAUUUUUGGCAAUACAGCUGUUCUUACUUAUGCAUUCUUUCUGACCAGAUCAUUGAAAUCCUUCGUUCUUGCCCUCGGUAACACUAUUAUUUAUAUUGUCGCUUUAUCACUUGUUGAUACAAUGGUGAUGAUGUCGAUACCGUUCCAUAUGACUUCAGUCAUACUCGAUAAUUGGUUGUUUGGCGAUGUCGCAUGUAAAAUUUAUUGGGUUCUGGAAAUAUCGAACAAAGUUUGUUCCACAUUCAUUCUGACAGCUAUGGCUUUCGAUCGCUAUAUGGGUAUCUGCUAUCCAGGAAUAGGAAGGGUAAUACUCAAUAAUUAUUUAUUUCAUCCUGUUGACGCAAAAGUUAUACAAAUUGCCUAUGGCGAUAAAUAUGUUAAAAUUGACGGGAAUAUAACAAAUAUUUCUAAAGAAGUAUGUAUCGAUGGUAUGAAGAAAAAAGUAAGAACUUGGGUGUCACUCUGUGUAUUUAUUUUGGGUUUCUUGUUGCCAGGCACCUUAAUGGCUUUCUUUUAUAGCAACAUUAUAUUCACUCUACGAAAACAAAAGAGAGCAUUUGUACAAACAAGAUUACCGAUUCGGCGAAUAACUUCAUAUGCAUUGGUUGUUAGCAUAUUUUAUUUUAUGUGUCAGACACCAUUUUGGUUGACUCAAAUAUACGGAAUGUUGAUGACAACACUCAACAUCAAAUCAUCGCCACAAAUUUUACUCUUAACGUAUAUCUGUCAUAUGUUUCCAUUCAUUGGUGCAGCCUUAAACUGGAUUUUCUAUGCUCAGUUUAAUACUCAGUUUCGAAAAGGUUUAACAUUAGUAAGUGAACGCAUAGUUCGAACAAAUAAUAAUAGGCUAGUUAAUUUUUUUUUUCAACUAUUUAUUGAUAUUUUUCUUAUCAGUUUUUUUAAAAGGGUCUUUACCAUUACUGGUUAA